UAUUUAAAGUACACUAUAUUGCCAAAAGUAUUAGGACACGCCUCCAAAUCAUGUGAUUCAGGUGUUCCAAUCCCCUCCAUAUCAUGUGAUUCAGGUGUUCCAAUCCCCUCCCAAUCAUGUGAUUCAGGUGUUCCAAUCCCCUCCCAAUCAUGUGAUUCAGGUGUUCCAAUCCCCUCCAUAUCAUAUGAUUCAGGUGUUCCAAUCACCUCCAUAUCAUGUGAUUGAGGUGUUCCAAUCCCCUCCCAAUCAUGUGAUUCAGGUGUUCCAAUCCCCUCCAUAUCAUGUGAUUCAGGUGUUCCAAUCCCCUCUAUAUCAUGUGAUUCAGGUGUUCCAAUCCCCUCCAUAUCAUGUGAUUCAGGCGUUCCAAUCCCCUCCAUGGACACAGGUGUAUACAGUC